CGUUGCAUUAUGAACAAUACUAAAUAAUACGAAUAUGAGCUCGAGCCAAGCAUGCGAGCUAAUUGACGAGCAACAAAAGCUUGAUCGAGUAGAUCUCGUGAGCUUAUUAACUAGUCGAGCUCCAGCUGAACUCGUUUCCCGGAUCAGUUCAAAAUUCGACUCGAUACGACUCAUUUGCGACAACCCCUAUUUGGUGAUUUUACCAUAACAGAAUUGGCUAUCAAAGUAUAUACACUUCCACUGUUCCACAGUUCACACUUCACACUUCACACUUCACACUUGUCUCCUUCCUCCCCGAGUCCCUCUCCUUUUGAGCUGACGCCGACCUCGCGGCGAUUCUAUGACGUCCAAGGAGAAAUCUGACGGUUCGGCGUUUUUCCCAAUCUCACCAACCACGCUCACAUCUCCACCGUCGAUUCCAAUCCAAAAUCUCGUUUCCCAUUCUAAUUAGUAGUGGGCCCCGGAUGGCAUCCUCGGGACAGACAUAGUGGGGGCCCACCGAAUGUUGUAAAGCCCACCAAACACCUCACCGACUGUGAAUAUAAACCCAGUACAUCCCGGACCCACCUCCGCAGUCCGUAGUCUCCCGCCCCAGUUUAUAUUUUUUUUGUCUGUUGAAAUUUCAUUUGUCCGUAUUUUCUUCCGUUUUCUAUCAGAUUUAAUUAAUAUUAUUGGCAGAAAAUUUACGUUUGAACACCGUGAUUUUUACACCGUAUUAACUGACAAUUUAAUUCUGAAAGCGUGCAUGCUUUGGAUACGACAAAGAUCUGGAUUUCCCAGCGUGCAUGCUUUGAAAUUCGACCAGCCAAUUAGAAUUGUUUGAUAAUUAACCGACUAAUAUACCAAAAAAAUAAAAUUACAUGUUGUAUUCUGUUAAUUAUAUUAUCUCAAAGAAUAGCUGUACGCGACAAGCUGGCAGCUGCUGAGUGGCAUGCGGCGGGAUGAGGGUUUUGUGGUUUGUAGUGACUUAUAUAAUAUUUUAUACUGAAGUUGUGGUUCAAAAUUUUCAUACCGCUAAAUUUUUCUAUCAAAUUUCACUUUUGAUAGGCGGUUUCUUCGAUCGAACUGCUGGUACGGUGUUAAGAGUAGCGGUGGGCUACCUUUUCCAUGCCUUCUUAUUCACGUCCCCCGCCCGCCCUCUUCCUUUCCUUCACACAACACCAAACACUCUUCUUUCCCUUCUCCUCUAUAUCUGCCAUUUCCCUCCCCCUCUGUCCUUCCUUCUUCUCCACGCUUCUCUGUCUGCUAGCUUCAUCUGACUACGUUCUAGUAUACUCAUCCAGGAUCCAACUCAGUUGCUUCUUUCAUAUCCAAUCCCUCGAUCUACUUCCUGGGUUUUCCAACUCGACCUCAAAGAAUCAAUUAUCAUGGGGCUUACUUCUCUGCAAGUUUGCAUAGAUUCCGCUGACUGGCUCCAGCAGGUCCAGGCGGGCACGAUGGAGGACGAGUCGGGAAUCAUAAUGGACUCCUCGUCGUCCUUAUCCCCAUCAAGCGGCGGAGGAGGAGGAGGGGACAUGAUGCUGGCGGCCGCCUGCUCGAGGCCGGCCGCCAUGAUGGAGCGGCGGCUGAGGCCGCCGCACGACCAGUCCCUGAAAUGCCCCCGGUGCGAGUCGACGCACACCAAGUUCUGCUACUACAACAACUACAGCCUCACCCAGCCCCGAUACUUCUGCAAGACCUGCCGCCGCUACUGGACCAAAGGCGGCACCCUCCGCAACAUCCCCGUCGGCGGCGGCUGCCGCAAGUCCAAGAAACCCUCGUCAUCCGGCGGCAAGAACAAGCAUUAUUCAAACUCGUCAUCGGCCACGUCCUCGCCUUCCUCCUCGUCGUCACACCACCUGCUGCAUCACCAUGACCUCAUCAUGAAUCAUCAUCAUCAUCAUAACAACCACCACUUCAACUCCUUGCUGCUCGGCGGCAGCAGCAGCAACAUGGCUGGUGGCGGCACUAUUGGUCUCAUGAUGAACAACAACAACAACAACAAUGAUGUGAUGAUGGAGCCGAUUGACUUCCUGGAGAGCAAGCUGGAGGCCAUCGUCGGCAGGAAUGCUGCUACGGCCAACAACUGUGAUUUCAUGGGGAACGGUGCUGCUGCUGAUAUUGUUACCAAUAAUGAUCAUCAGAAUCUGGGGUUGGGAGGGCUUGGUGGUAAUUUCCAUGGCAUGAUGAGCUACGGUACCGGUGAACCUUCUGACAAUGAUAACUACGCCACCGCGGUGGCUGCUGCUGCUGGGAUGAGUAGUUUCAUGGAGACUUGCCAGAGGUUGAUGCUGCCUUACGACCACGACCACCACCACCACAACAACAACGUGGAGAUUCGUGACGACGAUGUGAAGCCGACGACGGCCAAGCUUUUAUCACUUGACAGCUGGCAGCAAGACCACCACCUUCAUCAUCAUGAGGAAACUCCUACUACUGGGUUCGGGUAUCUCAACGGGGCUUGGAACAAUAACGGCGGUAGUAGUAGUAUCACUAGUGUUCAUGCUAACAGUAGUAACGCCGUGAAUCGUCACCAUCUUCCUCAUCAUCUCGUGAUGAAUGGUUAUAACGGCGGCGGCUCCUCCUCCACCGCCGCCGCCACCACCAAUCCUCUCUUGUAAUGCAAACAUGCACGUUAAUUAAGCACACAUGCAGAAUCUCGCUUACCGGCCGUUUAGUUUAACUAAUUAUAUCUGGAUCAAGUAGUAGUACUGCUUUAAUUAGUUGCUUUGAGAUCGGGGUGGAAAAAAAGAGAAAGGGAGGAGGGUUAUGAUAUGAUGAAAUGGUCCUGUGCUGAUGACGUGGAAGGUUCGAUGAUCAGUCAGAUCCGACUGUGCUUUGGCAGGUUUCGAGGCGGCGGAGAUAGUGUGUGGGAAAGCUAGCUAGCUAAUUAUAUAUAGGUGUGAAUGGGGAAUGUUUGUUGGAGCACCAAAACUACGACUGAAUUAUCUCUCUCUCUGCAUGACUUUCUGUCUUUAUUAAUUAAUUUUUCAUUCGUCUUUUUGAUCGUGAGUUGCAUGUGUCGUUGAGGCCUGAGGGUACUGGUGGAUUGUGAGAAGACGUUCGAAAUUCAAAGCUAUGUAGCUGUAGGGUUAUUGUGUUGUAAUCUCGAGGACGAUCUGUAGUAGUGCUGUCGAAAAUUAAGAAUGGUUUGUGUUGGAAUUAACGACAAAUGAGGACGAAUCUCUUGUCUUUCCUUCUUUUUUUGGGCUUUCGAUCAUUCUUUGUUGCUUUUGUACUUCUUUCAGGGCCGGAUGAGGAAUUGAAAAAUUGGGGGAGCAGUAGUACUGUGGCCCCCUGCUGAGAAGACUGCACUUUUCCUUUACAAGUGACCAGAAACGUACUUUGAUCAUGGCUUUGGGCUGUAGUUAUUUAAUCUGUGAUCUAAACAGAUCAUGAUUGACAGUGGCAGACUCAGUAAUUUUUUAUAGGGUUAUCCUCUUUUAAAAUUAAAUUAAAUUUAAUAAAAAUACAAAUACAAAUUAAAUAAUUAAUAAAAAUAAAAUGUAAAUAAGAAAAUACAUUACUCAUACACAUCGGCGGAUCCAGGAUAUAGUACAACACUAGGCCGCAUUUGAAUGGAAUAUUGGAUGCCAUAAACAAAAAAUAUAUAUAAUAAAUAUAAUUUAUUAAUUUUCAUUCAUUACAAUGCUAAUUUGGAAAAGAAAACCAGCGGUCGACGAACUGGCGGAGGAAUCCAUUUCGGAUCCGGUCGUCUCUUAUUCUUGUUCUUGCUUUAGUCGAUAGAGAUUUUUUUUUAUUUCAAUGAAACUUUAUACUUAGUCUUUUACGUUAUAGACUUUUGAAUUUUAUUGUUUUUUUUUCAAAUAAAAAUAAUCCGUGCUAGAUUUUCUACGCUAAAUUUAGUGUAGUCGUUUGGAUAUGUUCAAUUGUUCAUCUAGACCAUUUUCCUAGUUACACAAAAUCCUAUUAUCAAAUAACACUAAGCCGAUUUUUAAAUAGCACUGGGCCAAAUAUCUAAAAUCGAAAAACUUAUAAGCACUAUACUAGCUCUGAAUCCGGAGGAGGGCUGGGCCGUGGCCCGGGUUGGCCCAGCCCUAGAUCUGCCGCUGCUCAUACAGGUUAAGUCCAUUAUGUGUUUUCAUAUUCUGAAAUAAUUGUAGAAUACACUUUGUCUCUACAAUGUUAAAAAAAUUGUCUCUAUAUACCCUACUAGACAAUCAUUCACGAACUUAUCACAUAUUCAAUUUGUAAACUUGUUCUUGAUGACUUAUGUAACCCAAAGCUGAAAGACUCUUUCAACACUUGUCAUACAACUAUAAAAUCAAUACAAAUUAAGGGUAGGUUGAAAUUAAUUUAAUUGCUAGGUUUUGAAAAUAAUUAGAGAUAGGGAAUGCAGUGUUCAAAAUCGAACAACAAAUGAGUUGUAGUUUAAUGCAAAUUAAGUGUAUUAAUAAUAAUAGUGCUCUACAUUUUAAUUACCCAACCUACCACUUAUAUUCCCAUACAAAAAUUUAAAAAAAAAAGACAGUAAAAUAAUCAUUUUUUUCAAAUUUCAGGGUGUCCCUCACUAAUCACUAUCAAUUAUAUUCUUUUUAUCCAUACAUAAAUUACCACCGUGGGU